AUGGCAACGAAAAUGAUUUCGAAAAUUGGAUCACUAAGAAAAUCUGUUGAACUCUUGAGUUCUGAAUUUGGUGAAAUGAAGAGCAUCGUUGUGGAUAUGAAACAGUUCCUUGCAAAGUGGAUGGAGCAGCAACAUAUUGAUCAAUGUGAGAAUCAUCAAACCAAUGAAAAAUGGAUUCCUUCACAUAAUAAGAAGCAACGUGGGGAAGAGUCUGAAAAAGAACCACAACGACAUCCUCUUGGAUGGAUUGCCAAAGCUGAAAAAUGUUUUGAAGAGAAACUGAAAGCAAAAACCCUAGAGCUUAAAAAGCAAGUAAACAUGAAAUCAAAGCUUGAACUGGAGAUACAGCAACUUCAAGUGUCACUAAAUCUCUUGAAAGGCUUCGAAGAUGACGACGGAGAUGGAGAGAUUUUGAAGAAGUUAGAAGCUUUGCAGAAGGAUUUAAAGGACAGGGAAGAGUUACUUCGAGACUUAGAAGAACUGAACCAAACACUAAUCGUUUUGGAACGCACGCGUAAUGAUGAGUUACAGAAUGCUCGAAAAGAAUUACUUAAUGUGUUUACAGAAAUAUCAACUAGUGGCUCCGGUGUUGAGGUAAAGAGAAUGGGGGAACUCGAUACCACACCAUUCCUUGAUGUUAUGAAGAAAAGAUACAACUCAGAUGAAGCUGAAAACAGAGCUGCAAGACUAUGCUCUCAGUGGGAAAAUAAUAUAAUGGACCCUAUUUGGCAUCCAUUCAAAGUUGUUUCGAUCGAUGGCCAAACAGUGCAAGUUAUUAACCAAGAAGAUAAUAAGCUAAAGGGACUGAAAAAAAGAUUUGGUAGAGCUACAUAUGAUGUUGUGGUGGUAGCCUUGAAAGAGAUAAAUGAAUAUAAUCCUAGUGGGGGAUACCCAGUAUCAGAAUUGUGGAACUAUGAAGAGGAAAGGGUAGCAACAUUGCAAGAAGGAAUAAAGUUCCUGUCAAACAAGAUGUCAAAAAAGCGUGAGAGAGGAAUAGAAACGGAAAGGAGCUUUUCGAAGAAAUAA